UGAACGGAACAGGUUCCGGCGUCAAAUCAAAACACAAGUUUGACAUUGGCCUGCUGUAAAACUUCCAUAAUGGCUUCUUUGACUUUAAACUCGUUAAAGCAGGUACUGAGAGCAAUGGUAGAUGGCCCGGGGUUCGACAGAGUCCUGACCAAGGUCGACCUCCUCUCCGCCGCCCCGGGGAAGGUGGUGUGUGGGAUGCGGGUGGAGGAGGAGCACACCAACCGCUUUGGGACGCUGCACGGGGGGCUGACGGCCACCCUGGUGGACGUGGUGUCCACCGUGGCCAUCAUGUACAGUGAGAGGGGGACACCCGGGGUCAGCGUGGACAUGAACAUCACGUACAUGAGCGCUGCCAAGUUGGGGGAAGAUGUUCUCAUCACUGCGCAGGUCCUGAAGCAAGGAAGGAGUCUGGCAUUUGCAACAGUAGAUCUCACCAGCAAGGCCACGGGAAAGCUCCUUGCACAAGGAAGACAUACCAAACACCUCGGCAGCAGCUAAACUGCAUCCUCUACGUCAGGGGUUUUCAAUUCCAGUCCUCGGGCCCCCCUGUCCUGCAUGUUUGAGACGCUACGCUACGUCAGCACACCAUGAUACAAUGAGCUGUGUCAUCAACAGAGAUGUACAGACCUUGAUGACAAGCUAAUGAGGACCAUUAAUUAGAAUCAGGCGUGUUGAUGCAAGGCAACAUCUAAAACACAAAGGGCAGGGAGGCCCGAGGACCGGAAUUGAAAACCCCUGCUCUACGUGCCUGUCUGUAAAUCAAAAUCAUGUUUUCUUUUCUGUGAAAACAGUCUGUAGAUGGAAACUAACCUCUCUGUAUAUACAUGUGCAUAUUUAAAAUUAAAUUGUGUCCAAGUACCAGAUCUCCAUA